UUUGGACAUGAAAUCACAAACGAGAUUUGGAAAAAACAGCAGAGAAAUCACAGAAAGGAGUCGUUGAUAUAGGAUUUUAACAGUGAAUCUAUAAAAGUGCGAAACCCUAGAGAGAUAGGGAGGAGAGAGACUCGGAGAGGGGGAGAGAGAGAUCAGAAUCAAUGGACAUCUUAAAGGAAGAGUUACAAAGGCAGAGAAAGGCCUUAGCGGAGCAGACCGGAGGCAGACGGAUCUUCAAACGCUCCGAACUCGAACAAAAAAAGAUCCAACAGCUCCGUCAAGAAGAACGUCGCGACGCUGAGCAAAAACAACUCCGUCAGAACCCCCUAAAUCCUAAUUCCAACCCUAAUUCGUCUUCCUCUAACCCUAAUUCCCUUUCCGACCCGCCCAAAACCCGACCCGACUCCUCCUCCUCUUCCAAGCCACUAACCGAUGAGGAAAAAAUCGACAUUCUUAAUUUACCGAAGCAGGAGGUGAUUCGUCGAUUACGCUUUCUAAAACAGCCGAUCACGUUGUUUGGAGAAGACGAUGAGGCGAGGCUGAGCCGGAUGAAGUAUGUGUUGAAGGCGGGGUUGUUUGAGGUGGAUGAUGAUAUGACGGAGGGGCAGACGAAUGAUUUUUUACGAGAUAUUGUUGAGUUGAAGAAGCGGCAGAAGAUGGGGAAUAUGGGGGAUAGGAAGAGGAAAGUGUCGAGGGAGGAGCGGAGUGAGGAUAAUGACGGUGGAGGCGGGGAUGAUGAGGAGGAUUUGAGUGGUGGUGAUGAUGAGGAGAAUGAUCGGGAUUUGAAGAGGAUGAGGAGUGAUUUUGAGGAGCUGUGUGAUGAGGAUAAGAUUCUUGUGUUUUUUAAGAGGUUGUUGAUUGAGUGGAAACAGGAGUUGCAGGCAAUGACGGAUAUGGAGAAGAGGACGGCUAAAGGGAAGAGUACGGUUGCUACGUUUCAGCAGUGUGCGCGGUAUUUGAAUCCGUUGUUUAAGUUCUGUAGGAAGAAGAUUCUUCAGGAUGAUAUUCGGCAAGCAUUGAUGUUGAUGGUUAACUGCUGCAAAAAGCGGGACUACCUAGCUGCAAUGGAUCAUUAUAUCAGAAUGGCCAUUGGUAAUGCACCUUGGCCUAUUGGUGUUACUAUGGUUGGUAUUCACGAGCGUUCAGCUCGUGAGAAGAUUCACACCAACAGUGUAGCACACAUUAUGAACGAUGAGACAACACGAAAAUAUCUGCAGUCGGUAAAAAGAUUGAUGACAUUCUGUCAGAGGCGAUAUCCUACAAUGCCUUCUAAAGCAGUUGAGUUUAACAGCUUGGCAAAUGGCAGUGAUCUGCAAUCGCUGUUGGCUGAGGAGAGAGGCGACAUGGGCAGUGAACCUGAUGAGGAAAGGCUUCGGCUGAUGGCUCCUCCAAGUGAAAAAUAAAUAACUUCAGGCCGUGCUUUGUUGCUCAUUUGAUUUUGAGUCAUUGUAAUGCAAUUUUAUGAUAUAAUUGCACAACUCUAUAACUGGACACAGGAAGAAUGCGGAUAUCUUAUGUAUUAUGUACAUUUAAAGUGCAUGUAUUUACCUGUCCGUUCUUGUUCUAUGGUUUGUGUUGUAUUCUAGAAAUGGCUCGAUUGACAAAUGAAUCAGCAUAUUUAUACAUUUUUUUUUUUCA